UAAAUUAAAACCCUAAAAGGGGUCAUUAGCAAACGAGUCCACCGAUCCCAGAAGCGUGGGUCUUCUUUCUAAGGUAAAGCGGCGUUAGAAGCCAAGAGCAGUCCUCCACUCACCUAUCUAUCGUCUUUGCCUUCAAUCGAUAACGCGCUCUCUUUUUCUCUCAUCGAAGGUUUUGAUGGCGUCAAAAUUGCAGCAGUUGCAAUCUAAGGCGUGUCAAGCGUCGAAGUUUGUGGCAAAGAACGGAACUGCUUACUACAAGCAAUUGUUGGAGCAGAAUAAGCAAUAUAUUCAGGAGCCACCAACAGUGGAGAAGUGCAAUGAGCUGUCUAAGCAGCUGUUUUAUACUCGACUUGCCAGUAUCCCUGGCCGUAACGAGGCAUUCUGGAAGGAGCUUGAUUAUGUCAAGAAUCUGUGGAAGAAUAGGCAAGAACUGAAGGUUGAAGAUGCUGGUAUUGCUGCAUUGUUUGGACUGGAAUGCUUUGCAUGGUUUUGUGCUGGUGAGAUAGUGGGAAGGGGUUUUACUUUUACUGGUUACUAUCCCUAAGGAAAAUCAGCUAGUAGAAGGCAGGGAGUCUGAUGGAUGUGUAUGCCUUUUAUCAUCGUUUGCAUGAUUGAAUUGCGGCCACUUUAGAUGCACAUUUUUCUUGUUUCGGUGAAAUUUUUGAAGCUGAGAAAUCAGUGGUUAACUUGCUAGCCUGAAUAAUUUUUAUAGUCGAAAUGGCUUAAGCUUGGUAAGCCUUACUGUUGUGUUUCUGGAUAUGUCAGCAUAAUGUACUGCACCCCAUUCUUCUUC